GCCGCCACUUCACUACUUCAGUUCAAGUGUUCAACUCACCCCCUCGCGUUCUCGGUCGCUGCCAUCACCAUCCAUCACCCCAAGCAAGAACAAGAAGCUCGCUCCCCGCUCAAGUGCUCGCCGCCUCGGCCAUGGCCGCCGCCGCCACUGUGACCGCUCCGUCCAGGGCUCUUCUCUUGAUGGUGUCCCUCGCACUCCUGACCGCGGCCGGCGCGACCGCCGCGCUGUCGACCAAGUACUACAACAAGCGGUGCCCGGCGCUGCAGCCGGCCGUGCGGUCCGCGGUGGCGCGCGCCGUGGCGGCCGACCCGGGCGCGGGCGCGGCCUUGCUCCGCCUCUUCUUCCACGACUGCUUCGUCAACGGCUGCGACGCCUCCGUGCUCCUCGACGGCGACGGCGGCGAGAAGGGCGCCGGGCCCAACGCCGGCUCCCUGCGCGGGUACGAGGUGGUCGACGCCGCCAAGGCCGCGGCCGAGGCUGCCUGCCCGGGCGCCGCCUCGUGCGCGGACGUGCUCGCGCUCGCCGCCCGCGACGCCGUGUCGCUCCUGGGGGGCCCCUCGUGGAGCGUGCGCCUCGGCCGCCUGGACGCGCGCGCCGCCAGCCGCGACGCCGCGGACGCGAGCCUCCCGGGGCCCGGGUCCGGCCUCCCCUCCCUCGUCGCCGCGUUCCGGGCCAAGGGCCUGUCGGCGCGCGACAUGACGGCGCUGUCGGGCGCGCACACCGUCGGCCGGGCCCGGUGCGCCACGUUCCGCGCCCGCGCCGGCGCCGGCGCCGCGCCCGGCGAGGCGAUCAACGCGACCUUCGCCGCGCAGCUCCGCGGGGCGUGCGGCGCGGACGGCGCCGCGGUGGCGCCGCUGGACGCGGUGACCCCCGACGCGUUCGACAACGGCUACUUCCGGGCCCUGGUGGAGCGGCGCGGCCUGCUGCACUCGGACCAGGAGCUCUUCAGCGGCGGGUCGCAGGACGCGCUGGUGCGGAGGUACGCCCGCGACGGCGCCGCGUUCGCCGCCGACUUCGCCAGGGCCAUGGUGCGGAUGGGCAACCUCGCGCCGGCGCCCGGGACGCCGCUCGAGGUCAGGGUCAACUGCCGGAGGCCCAACUAGGCUUCUGCAUUGCAGCAUUAGCUGGUAGAUAAACAGAGAUACACAGUAGUACAAGAUGUGAGUGAAGAUGAGGAUGGUUGUGCAGGAACAUGGUAGGAUUUUUGUAGCUUGAUUCGUUAGUUGAAUUCGUCUGUUCAUAUACCCCAAAGAAACAAUCCGAGAUGAAUGUGGUUAGAUUGUGCGUGCUUGUGUGUGCAAAACCUGUUCAUCGCGAUGGUCGUCUUAAAUUAGUAAGCUGCGGUGUUAAUCGA